CCGGCGGAGGAGGGGAACGGGAGGGUGGGGCUUGGCGAAGGGCAAAGGCAGGGCAAGACUUAAAAGGGGAUGACCCCAGCUAGUUGAUGCCACCGGUGACUUCCAACGCCCAGGGCAAGGGGACCCCACGAGGGAGCACGGCGGAGGCAGCCCGCGGGCUGGCGAGGCAGGCGCGCACACGCGAGAGGGAGCCCCGGGGAGCGCCCGGCAGCCGCGCCGCCAUGUGCGAGCUGUACAGCAAGCCGGACACCCUGGCGCUGAGGAGGAAGCACAUCGGACCCUCAUGCAAAGUUUUCUUUGCUGCGGAUCCCAUCAAAAUAGUGCGAGCCCAGCGGCAGUACAUGUUUGACGAGACAGGUGAACAGUACCUCGACUGCAUCAACAACGUUGCCCACGUGGGACACUGUCACCCAGACGUGGUCAAGGCUGCCCUGGAACAGAUGGAACUGCUAAACACAAAUUCUCGAUUCCUCCACGACAAUAUUGUGGAGUAUGCCAGGCGCCUUGCAGCAACCCUGCCGGAGAAACUCUCUGUUUGCUAUUUUACAAAUUCAGGAUCUGAAGCCAACGACUUAGCCUUACGUUUGGCUCGGCAAUUCAGAGGCCACCAAGACGUGAUUACCCUUGACCAUGCUUAUCAUGGUCACCUAUCAUCUUUAAUUGAGAUCAGUCCAUAUAAAUUCCGAAAGGGCAAAGAUGUCAAGAAAGCAUUUGUGCAUGUGGCACCAACUCCAGAUACUUACAGAGGCAAAUACAGAGAAGAUCAUGCAGACCCAGCCAGCGCUUAUGCAGAGGAAGUAAAGGAAAUUAUUGAAGAGGCUCAUAACAGUGGAAGGAAGAUUGCUGCCUUUAUUGCUGAAUCCAUGCAGAGUUGUGGCGGACAAAUAAUUCCUCCAGCAGGCUACUUCCAGAAAGUGGCAGAAUACGUACACAGAGCAGGAGGUGUGUUUAUAGCUGAUGAAGUUCAGGUGGGCUUUGGCCGAGUUGGGAAACAUUUCUGGAGCUUCCAAAUGCAUGGUGAAGACUUUGUUCCAGACAUUGUCACAAUGGGAAAACCAAUGGGCAAUGGCCACCCAAUGGCAUGUGUGGUAACAACCAAAGAAAUUGCAGAAGCCUUCAGCAGUUCUGGGAUGGAAUAUUUCAAUACGUAUGGAGGAAAUCCGGUAUCUUCUGCUGUUGGUUUGGCUGUCCUGAAUAUAAUUGAAAAUGAAGACCUUCAAGGAAAUGCCACUAGAGUAGGGGAUUAUCUUACUGAGUUACUCAAUAAACAGAAAGCUAAACAUACUUUGAUAGGAGACAUCAGAGGCAUUGGCCUGUUUAUUGGAAUUGACUUGGUGAAGGACCGUCAGAAGAGGACCCCCGCCACAGAUGAAGCUCAACAUGUCCUCUACAAGAUGAAAGAAAAGCGAGUCCUUCUGAGUGCCGACGGACCUCAUCGAAAUGUGCUUAAAAUAAAACCACCUAUGUGCUUCACGGAAGAAGAUGCGAAGUUUAUGGUGGACAAACUCGAUGAGAUUCUAACAGUUUUAGAAGAAGCCAUCGGAGUCCAAAGUGAGAGUAUGAUCUCUGAGAAUUCUCCAUGCAGAGCAAAGUUGCCGAACGAAGCACACUCAGAACAGCUCGGUGACAGCACCUCGGACCCCAGGGAAAAUCCCAGCCCAAAGAGGAACGGACUGUGCACAGAUAAACAUUCCUUGCUCAGUAAGAGGCUCAAGACAUGA